GAGAGCGCCUGCCGUGAAGCGAGGCGGGGAAGAUGGCGGUGCGGUGGGCAGUUGGUGCGGGUAGCUCUUGGGCGUGUGGUCUCCUCGGCUGGGCGCGGCCGGAGAGGUGGCUAACAUCCAGUAGCCUUUUUCCUCUGUCAUGCAUCCACACAAGCACAUCUCUGCAGAAACUUGGGAAGUGGGAGAAAAAGAACCGGAUUGUUUACCCUCCGCAGCUGCCUGGAGAACCUCGCAGACCAGCUGAAAUAUAUCACUGUCGAAGGGAAAUAAAAUACAGCAAAGAUAAGAUGUGGUAUCUGGCAAAACUGAUAAAAGGAAUGUCCAUUGAUCAGGCUCUUGCUCAGUUGGAAUUUAGUGAUAAAAAGGGAGCAAAGGUGAUCAAAGAGGUUCUGUUAGAAGCGCAGGAAAUGGCAGUAAGAAAUCACAACGUGGAAUUCAAAUCAAAUUUACAUAUAGCUGAGUCAGUGACGGGCAGAGGCCGCUAUGUGAAGCAGAUUCGUUACCAUGGCAAAGGCAUGUUUGGCAUCAUGAAAAUCGUCAGGUGCCAUUACUUUGUGAAGUUGGUGGAAGGUCCUCCUCCUCCUCCAGAGCCACCAAGGACUGGUUUUGACCAAGCAAAAGAAUACGUGCAGCACCUGCGAAGUAGAACCCUUGUUAAUACACUGUGACAAACUUUUCUGACUAUAUAGGUAUUUCUUGUUUGACAAUGUAAUUGUAUAAAAGAAUAAUUAAAAUAAUGUUUCAGUUAUAUCUUUGGUGCUGCUGGAGCUGGAUGAUGCAAAAGUGAUCAUAGGCUUUUUUCUUAUUUGUCAGGCCAUAGGAAUGGAAAAAUCUUCGAAAAGCAACAGAUGUUACUUUUUCUGAGUUACUUGGACCACAGCAUUCAAGCUCUACCCUGGACUAUCAAAUCUAGAACAUACGGUGCCGUUAUGAAGCUUGUUAAGGAGCUGUGGUUGUCCUCAAAUUCACGCAGCUGUCUGUUAUGUAUGAUUAGGUCUUUUAUUGUAAAAAUAUGUGCUUGCCAAUGAUGUUGCAAGAUCAAGACAUGGACUAAAAUUACUAAAAUUUGUCAUCUUAAAGUAGCUACAACAGUGCAACAAAACAAGUAAUGAUAAUAGAGAUUAUCAGGCAUCAAUUUGUGGUUUCUUUAUCUGGGCUGUAAUGCUCUUUCCUUACAGCCUCUGUUGUGCAUCUUAGGCAUUGUGUCUGGGAGUGGGGAAUAAAAAAUACGUUCAGGUUUUGACAGAGUCGGUAGGUGGCAAUGUUUAGUUUGUCAGAGAGGGAAGUGGCAGUGAAAACUUGGAGCAUGUUGAAACUCUGUUCUUGAUUCUGACCAUGGCAUUAAUAGUCUGGUAUGUGCAUGGAGUUCAGGCUGUUCUCUGUGGAAACUCGGUGUGGGUAACAGGCGCGAUAUGGAGAAAAGCUUGUCUUGGUGAAGAGUGAACUAAUUAUUCUGCACUGUCUGGAAACAAAUUGCUUUUGUAAUGUUGAGGCGAGUAAAAUGCUCUGUGGAUUUAAUAUGGAAUGGCUUGUAGCAUAUACAAAUCCAGGCUUUCAGUUCUCUGAAAACAAUCCUAUUUUUAUCAUUACUUCUUUGAAGAGAAAAAGACUGAGGUCAAUAGGGGGAAUUGCAUUUCACCCAGUCAAAUUUUCAACUCAGAUGGCCAGAGAUCGUGAACAUCAGCAUAAAAAGAGAAUGAGUAGUUGCUUAUUUCUGCAAAUGUCUGAUAUUUAGACCUUUCUUUUCCAUUCUGGGAACAUGAGAAUGGGAGAUAGAUUGCUUACCUCAUUGGGGUCUUUUUACCACACCAACUAGUGGUAGCCUUUCUUACAUGUGUUUAUCUUGAUCAGUACUUGAAUGAUGGCAAAGGGACCGUUCCUGUAAGGAAACAAAUUAUCUUUGUUGUCUUAAUGAAGGUGGCAUACAGCUGUUUCUUUUGGCUACCAAAGAAAGGGUCUUAGGAUGUUAAAGAGUGUUAGAGGAUUGUGAAGUUACACAAGAAGUACAUGCAUAGCUCAGUACCAUUAAUGGGUGCUUAUUUGCAGUCUGGUUUUCUGCAGUGCACUUACAGACACAUUACUUGCUUUAAAGCUACGAUUUAGUAACUUCUGUCUGAAAGGUAUGUUCCUGAUAAAACUCUCUAUCUCUGUAGUCCCUGAUGUGUGUUUGAAGAACUAUUUCUGGUGUGCUGUGAUAAACAGCUGUGCCUUGCUCUGCCAGCUGCUGUUAAACUCUUUUGUCAUACUGAAUCUCUUACAAGUUGUAGCAAACUUGAAUGACUUAAUCUUUUUGGGGGUCAGUGAUCUGUGAGAAGCUAAGGAAUCGCAAAAUAAUCCAAGCUUAAUAAGCACUUGUCAUCUAAGCAUGUGAAACCUGCCUUCUAGAUAUUUUAUUCCAGUACCUGUUUCUCCUGCAUGCUGUAGAUUUUGCUUCGGAUCCCUUCUGGACCUCCAGACAAGGUUGUAUCCUUAUAGAUAUCAUUGCUCUAGUUAUGAAUCUGCAGACAGGGAGAGAAGUGAGAAUGUGACUGAUGUCUUUUCCAGCUUCUUUUUGAUGCAGCAGGUGGCCCUGAUACUCCUUUAAACAAACAGACCUGGGCUUUUAAAAUUUUUCAGUCAAAAAGCAAGGUUGUUGCUUGUCAUCUUGUUUUUUUUUUCUCAAAACAGGAAGUGGGAAGACUCCUUUUUGACAUGCUUUUCAGCGUUCCUCUUAUUCCUUAGUACCCUUUUCUGCCUUCGAAAAGAUGCGUAACCCGUAGUGGUUGGCUUACGGUGUUGGCUAAGGAAGCUCCACUGCCGUGUCUGUAACAGUACAAUGAUGGGAGAUAGGGUGAGAUGAGGGGCUUGAACUGGCUUGAUCCCUGCCUUUCACUGGGAGGAUGGUAAGGGUGUCUGAAGUGGCUUCUGUGAUAGGUGCAUCAGAACGUUGGUAUGGGAACGUGCCUGAACCUUUUUAAAAUUCAGUAAGAUCUAGUGAUAAAGCUUUAUACUGUCAAGUUCUAUAUAUAAAUAAAAUUUAGGGUUUUUGAUUCUA